AUGGCCUUGGAAGGAUCCUUGGGCAACAACGCCGGCGGAGGCAAGGUGAGGAGCGACAUGAGCGACGUCCCGGAAGGCUUCGAGCUGCCAGCCGGGGAUGCCCAGAAGGGCCACAAGCUCUUCAAGAAGCACUGCGCGCAGUGCCACUCCAUCUUCCCGGACAAUCGGACUGAUUCUGGCACGGUUUAUGGCCCCACCCUCUUCAACAUCUACGGCCGAGCAAGCGGCGAGGCGGAGAUUGCACAGAAGAACAUCAUGGGAGGGAGGGCCAAAGGCUUGGUGUGGGACGCGGCGAACCUCAUGAGAUACAUGAAGAACCCGCGCCAGACUACCGGCGUGAACGUGCAGAUGAACUUCCGCGGCAUUGACGACUUCCAGACCCGCGUGGACAUUGUGCACUACCUCAAGACCCUGACGUGGGACAACAAGGAUCUCGUGCACGCGACACAUCGUCACCAUUGA